AGCGGACGUGAAGCUUCCUUUCUCUCUCUGGCGAGGUUCGGAGUUGGAAUAUGGCUCCCAAGAGUUCCCGUCGAACGGGUUCGCAUAAGACGCAUUCCUUGGCCCGCCAGUGGAAAACGAAGCGGCGGCGGCGAGAUCUGGAUCAGAUCCACCACGACAUGUUGCCUGAGAACGCGACGAAGCUUCUGCGCCAAGAGCUGGAUCCCGACCUGCCCGGCAAUGCCCAGCAUUACUGCCUGCAUUGCGCGCGAUAUUUCAUUGACUUAAAAAGUAUGAAGGAUCAUUUCAGAUCAAAAGUUCACAAAAAGAGAUUGAAACAGCUGAGUGAGGAGCCCUACACCCAAGAGGAAGCUGAGAGGGCUGCAGGAAUGGGGUCCUACAUUCCUCCCAAGAAAAUUGAAGUCCACACACAACCUCUUGAUGAGAUGGAUGAAUCCGGCUAAGGCACAAGGACAUUUUUUCUCCAUCUGAAAAAUCUGGAGAUAACCAAGAUAGCGAAAGCAUUGGUAUAACUAGAUGGUUUGGCAUAUGCUAUCCUUAAAGUUGUACUAUUAUUUAUUGCAGUAUGUUUGCGGUAUUUAUACUGAAAUGUAUAUGCAGAUGAGAAAGAUCAACCCCCUUGAAUGGAAAAAAAAAAAAGACAUUUUAGCCCCUUCUUGUUUGGUAUGAAUUAGAGUUCAGCCGCAAGUCAGAGGCAGGAGCCGUGCUGUUCAAAUGAGCUUGUUUGUGAUUCUCUUGCAAUGGUUUUAAAUGUUACUUUGCUCUUAAUGUUCCACUCUUCCAUUGAGCCCACUUAAUAAAUGAGCCGACAAUCUG